UGUUGCUUUAGCCGUCCGACAGGAGGCGUGUCUCCCCUACGGCCGGAGCGCAGCGCUACCAGCAGCGAGUGCGGGGGAAGCGCCUGAGCUCCUCCAUAGAAACAAAUCAACUUCUUUGUGCUGCUCUGGUGACUCUUCCUGCUCCAGCUCUACCAAGGAUGGAUCUCUUCCCGCGCUGCCCUGCCUAACAUGGAUGCCCAGCCACCUCCAACACCACCAUCAUCUUCCUCAGCUGAGUCGGAGGGCUGUUUCUUCUUCUUCUCCUCUUUCUCCUUGGCGCAGUGAGCGAGCUGGACACGCAGAGGUUGAUUUUUUUUUUUUUUGGUUUUGUUCUUGGCCAGAUGGAUGUGGGGAAACCGUUGUUGCCCAGCCCGCCGGUGCUGCUGAUCAUGCCGUGAGAUUUUCCGCUUCCGCUUUUUUCACUUCACGUUCAAAAAAAAAAAAAAGAAAAGAAGAGAAACAAUCUGGGGGAAUAUACCGAUUCGGGGAAUUUAAAAAAAAAUCCUGUGCAACCAUGAAGAUCACCUCCCUGCUGAUGUUCAACGCCAGAGUCAGGUGCACCGUCAGGCUUCUACUGCUGCUAUUACACUGUUUGGGUUAUUCUCACGGGAUGCCGCACGUCCUCAGAUUUGGUGGGAUUUUCGAGUCCGUCGAGAGUGGCCCGUCAGGCGCCGAGGAACUAGCCUUUAAAUUUGCUUUAAACACAAUCAACAGGAACAGAACCUUACUGCCAAACACCACGCUCACCUACGACAUCCAGAGGAUAAACAUCUAUGACAGCUUCGAAGCCUCCAGGAAAGCCUGCGACCAGCUCUCUCUGGGGGUGGCGGCCAUCUUUGGACCGUCUCACAGUUCCUCGGCCAACGCGGUCCAGUCCAUCUGCAACGCCCUGGGAGUCCCUCACAUCCAAACCAAGUGGAAACACCAGGUAUCGGACAACAGAGACAUCUUCUACGUCAGCCUGUAUCCAGACUUCUCCUCCCUGAGCCGGGCCAUCCUGGACCUGGUCCACUUCUUUAAAUGGAAGACGGUCACUGUGGUUUAUGACGACAGCACUGGAUUGAUUCGGUUGCAAGAACUCAUAAAGGCGCCGUCCCGGUACAACAUCCGGUUAAAGAUCCGGCAGCUGCCUGCAGACACCAAGGAUGCUAAACCGCUGCUAAAGGAGAUGAAGAGGGGGAAAGAGUUCCACAUCAUCUUUGACUGUGGCCACGAGAUGGCUGCUGGGAUUCUAAAGCAGGCUCUGGCCAUGGGGAUGAUGACAGAGUAUUAUCACUAUAUCUUCACCACACUGGAUCUGUUUGCUCUGGACGUGGAGCCGUAUCGAUACAGUGGUGUGAACAUGACGGGCUUCAGGAUCCUCAACACGGAGAACAGCCAGGUGGCCUCCAUCAUUGAGAAAUGGUCCAUGGAGCGCCUGCAGGCUCCGCCCAAACCUGACUCUGGUCUACUGGACGGCUUUAUGACCACGGACGCCGCGCUGAUGUACGAUGCCGUGCACGUGGUGGCCGUGGCUGUGCAGCAGUCUCAGCAGAUCACCGUCAGCUCGUUACAGUGCAACCGACACAAACCCUGGCGCUUCGGCAACCGCUUCAUGGCCCUCAUCAAAGAGGCCCACUGGGACGGCCUGACCGGCCGAAUCACUUUCAACCGCUCCAACGGUCUGAGGACGGACUUUGACCUGGAUGUCAUCAGUCUGAAGGAGGAGGGGCUCGAGAAGAUUGGUACCUGGGAUCCUCCGAGUGGUCUGAACAUGACGGACAACCAGAAGGGAAAGACCACGAACGUCUCUGAUUCGUUAUCUAAUCGCUCCCUGGUCGUCUCCACCAUCCUGGAGGAGCCGUACGUGAUGUUCAAGAAGUCCGACAAGCCGCUGUACGGGAACGACCGCUUCGAGGGCUACUGCAUAGACCUGCUGAGGGAGCUGUCCAGCAUCCUGGGCUUCACGUACGAGGUCCGCCUGGUGGAGGACGGGAGGUACGGCGCUCAGGACGAGAACACGGGCCAGUGGAACGGCAUGGUGAAGGAGCUGAUGGACCACAGAGCUGACCUGGCAGUGGCUCCCCUCGCCAUCACGUACGCCCGCGAGAAGGUUAUCGACUUCUCCAAGCCCUUCAUGACGCUGGGUAUAAGUAUACUGUACCGCAAGCCCAACGGGACCAACCCUGGGGUCUUCUCCUUCCUCAACCCCCUCUCGCCCGAUAUCUGGAUGUAUAUUCUGCUGGCCUACUUGGGUGUCAGUUGUGUGCUGUUUGUCAUAGCCAGGUUUAGUCCCUACGAGUGGUAUAACCCCCACCCUUGCAACCCCGACUCGGAUGUAGUGGAAAACAAUUUCACCCUGCUAAAUAGUUUCUGGUUCGGAGUUGGAGCUCUCAUGCAGCAAGGCUCUGAGCUCAUGCCGAAAGCCCUCUCCACCAGAAUUGUAGGAGGAAUCUGGUGGUUUUUCACGCUCAUCAUCAUCUCCUCCUACACGGCAAACCUGGCGGCCUUCCUCACCGUGGAGAGGAUGGAGUCGCCCAUCGACUCCGCCGACGACCUGGCCAAGCAGACCAAGAUAGAAUACGGGGUGGUGGAGGACGGCUCCACCAUGACCUUCUUCAAGAAAACCAAGAUCUCCACCUAUGAUAAGAUGUGGGAGUUCAUGAGCAGUCGGAGGCACUCAGUGAUGGUGAAGAACAUUGAGGAUGGCAUUCACCGUGUGCUCACCUCGGACUACGCGUUCCUCAUGGAGUCCACCACCAUCGAGUUUGCCACUCAGCGCAACUGUAACCUCACCCAGAUCGGAGGCCUUAUUGACUCCAAAGCCUACGGGGUUGGCACCCCAAUGGGCUCUCCGUACAGAGAUAAGAUCACUAUUGCCAUCCUGCAGCUCCAGGAGGAAGGGAAGCUGCACAUGAUGAAGGAGAAAUGGUGGCGAGGAAACGGCUGCCCGGAGGAGGAGAGCAAGGAGGCCAGCGCCCUCGGGGUGCAGAACAUCGGAGGGAUCUUCAUCGUCCUGGCUGCCGGACUCGUCCUCUCGGUGUUCGUGGCUGUGGGAGAGUUCCUCUACAAGUCCAAACAGAACGCACAACUGGAGAAGGCCCAAUGGCGACAACGAGAUAAGAAACAGGUCCUUCUGCAGUGCCAUGGUGGACGAGCUGAGGGUUUCUCUGAAGUGCCAGCGCCGCCUCAAACACAAACCCCAGCCGCCCGUCAUGGUGAAAACGGAGGAGGUCAUCAACAUGCACACCUUCAACGACCGCAGACUGCCAGGGAAAGAGACCAUGGCGUAACAUGGGAAUCGCAGUCGCUUUUUCACCCUCUCUCCUCCAGUGAGGAGUUCUGCAGAGACACUGGGGAAAGGGGUGGGGGUAAAUGGUAAAAGGGGGGUCAUAAUGGGGUUGUUAUAUCAGACCGUUGGGGUUAUUUUUGAGUGUAGAGCAGAGGUGCUUGGGAAGGAUAUUGACGAAAUGUCAGUCUUGUUUCUUUAUUAAUAGCUAGGGAUAAGAGAUUCAACAAUAUUUCCUGUGGAAAUAACUUGAACCUGGGUGAAAUUUUAAGCAAGUUACCUCAUUACUCUUACCACCUUGGCAACACGGCGAACUACAGGAGCCAGGAUUUUUAAAAACCCAGGAGACAGAGAGGGAGAGAAGUCAGUCCAGAAAUAAAUUCUAAAAAAGAGGGACAAAGUUUGUCUCUUU